AUGAGUUUUGUGGCGCGUCUCCGCGUAUCCACCGCUAUUUCUCGUCUGACUCGCAUUCAAUCUAAGCGUCAAGCCUCUGGUGGACAUCAUGAGAUUGUGAACCCUGGCCCACCAAUUACCCUUGACUAUUUGCCUAUUCCCCAGCACUCGUACGGAGUUGUUUAUGGUGAACUCCAGCGCAAAUUCAACACUUAUUUGAUUGGUGCUUCUAUCUUUGUCGUUUCCGCGUUUGCUUUGGUAAGUGUUAAAUUGCUUUUUGUUAUUUAGAAAAGUUAACCUUAGCGGAGAAUGGUCUAAUAAUGCUAUUCCAGGCUAUCUACGAUGAUGUCUUUGCCUACAGGGCCAUUGCCAAGCCAGAGAGUUACCGUCUAAAGCAACCAGGAGUUCUCGCCAAGUAA